AUGCGUUGCCAUGCUUUCUUGGUGGGUGAAGAAAUUCCAAUUGCAGAAAAUGAUUUGGUUUCGAAUGUUAAUUCAUUCGAAUACAACCACAGACCAGCCAAUAUUUCUGUUUCAUUUGAAGGCAAAAAAGUUGUUUCAUCUCCAUUUAUUGCAGGUGCUUCUCCUUUCACAGAGAACUUAUAUGCAUGCAAGAAAUACCUGAGCCAAGGUUGGGGAGGUAUCAUCAUCGGAAUUGGCAACGAAAAGAACAGAAACAGGACUUACAAGAAAGGAAAACCCGUUUCUUUCAAGGCGCACUUGAAAAUGAAUGAUGCAAUUCAAAUUAUCAAUACUCUCAAGAAGGAGUUCCAAAACUCAAUUAUUGCUGCACAAUUAAGAGGAGAUUCUGAAACUUUAGAAAAAGAUUUCAAUCAAAUAAGUCCCAUUGUAGAUUUUGUUGAAAUUUAUUGUGAAGAAUCAGAAGAUUUUGAUAAAGCUAAGAAACUCGGAAAGAAUUCUUUACUUGUCUUAAAUGGUAUGGGAUACUCCAAAUCAAUCUGUUAUGGCGCAAAGAACAAAAAAGAAGCUCUCAAGAAUUUCGCCAAAGGAUUCACUUUUUGUGUUAUUGAUCCAAGCGAAAUCAAGAGAACUGGACAAGGAAUUGAGCAUCUCAACGCACAGACGUCAUUUGCAAUGUGGAGAGAUGGAUACAAGACAAUUAAAGAGUGGUGCGAAAAUAAUUCUUCUUUUGAUAUCGAAGAUUCUUGUGAAGAUCCUCUAAUUAAUCAUCUAACGAAUCCUUCGGCUUGCAUUAUGUGCGGAAAAUGCACACAAUGCCCGAAUGAUGCAAUAACUAUUGUUCCUUCUCGUUGGAUUUAUAAAGUUGACCCAUAUAAAUGCAAUGGAUGCGGAUUAUGCGAAUCCGUUUGCCCAACUGGAGCAAUUGAACUUGUAUCAAGAGAAAAAAGUAUUGAGUUAACUUCAAAAGGACAUUAA